AAAAAAAAGAAAAAAAAAACAGGAAAGUUUUCAUGCGGUCGUAGUGAACCUAAACCAGCAAAAUAUUUCCCGACAAGAGAGAGAAAGAGAAAGGGAAAGAAAGAGAGAGACAAGUGAUGAGGGAGGAAGUGAUUAGCUCCGGUGGUACCAACAACAACCUUGAUCCUACUCCGGCUGCCAGUUCGGUGGGUGCAUCAUCACCAGCAGUUCCUCCAAAUUUUGGCGGUGUGGAUUGGUCAGGUCAUGGCCCAGGUUCUAAGACAGGCUCCCUAUCGGGCGCUGGAACACAACCUCUUUGGACUUCUUUGAGCACUAGUGCUGGUGGCUCUGCACUUGGAUCAUCACAACCUUCAUGCAGACCUUGGGAAAGAGGAGAUCUACUCCGGCGCCUUGCUACAUUUAAGCCAGGAAAUUGGUUUGGGAAACCUAAGGCUGCUAGUUCAUUAGCUUGUGCCCGUAGAGGAUGGGUAAAUGUUGGCGCUGAUAAAAUUGAUUGUGAGUCAUGUGGUGCGAACCUGAAAUAUGUUGCUAAAGCUGGCUGGACGUCUUCUGAAGCUGAUGGUGCAGCUGAAGAGUUUUCGAAGCAGCUUGAUUUGGGGCACAAAGCAACAUGUCCUUGGAGAGGGAAUAGCUGUCCAGAAAGCCUAGUACAGUUUCCUCCUACCCCUCCAUCAGCUUUGAUUGGAGGCUACAAAGAUCGGUGUGAUGGACUUUUGCAAUUUGCUGCUCUACCAGUUGUGGCUGCAUCUGCGAUUGAGCAGAUGCAUGCUUCCCGUGGACCACAAAUUGAUCGUUUUCUUGCUAAUUCUCUCAACUUUUUGAUUGGGGAGCCAAGCAUCAAGAUGGAAAAUACCUCAGGAGUAGAUUCUAGAGAAGAGGCCUAUUCAUUAUAUUCUCAUGCACAAAAGCUCAUUGCUUUGUGUGGAUGGGAACCGAGAUGGCUUCCUGAUAUCCAAGAUUGUGAAGAUCAUUCUGCUCAGUCUGCUAGAAAUGGGUAUUCUGUGGGGCCUUCUAUGAAAUGUGGUCAUCCUAAUGAUGCAGGUCCAAGCAGAAAAGCUUUUUCAAGUACAGCUAAAAAGGAUUCUUGCAAGAAUGAAGCAAUGGGUCCCGAAUCAAAAUGUGAAUCUAGGUCACCAUUGCUAGACUGCAGUUUAUGUGGUGCUACCGUCAGAAUUUGGGACUUCAUAACUGUUUCUCGUCCUGUUCGGGUAUCCCCCAAUGGCAUUGAGAUCCCAGAAACAAGUAAAAAGAUGGUUUUAACUCGUGGUGUGAGUGCAGCCAGUGGAAUUAGUGGGUGGGUUGGCACAGAUUGCAUGGAAAAAGAACAGACUGAAUACCAUGAUGAAGCUGCUACAAUUGAUGAGGGAAAACUCACGUCAAAUACAGUUGUGGAUUUGAAUCUUACUAUGGCUGGUGGUUUGUCAUCUGGACAUGCUCAUGUGCCUGAGGUUUCCCAACAUAAUCGUGAUGCUGACUUAGGGAAAGAUCUAAUGAUCGGGCAACCGUCUAAUAGUGAAGUUGGUGAUCGUGCUGCUUCUUAUGAAUCGCGAGGACCAAGUACCCGUAAACGAAGCUUAGAGGAGGGCGGAAGUGCAGUAGAUAGACCACUUUUAAGAAUGCAACAGGCAGAUAGUGUUGAGGGAACAGUUGUGGAUCGUGAUGGUGAUGAGGUUGAUGAUGGUAAGCAGUAUCUAGCUGGGCCCUCGAAGCGUUUUCGUGAGAGCGAUGUUUUUGAAAGGUGUGGUUCUUCAUUUCGGAGAGAUUCAUCUGGGGCUGGCCCUAGCAACUCACAAGGCAUUGAAAUUGAAGUAGAUGAAAGAAGAAUCGAUAUAUCUCAUGGUAAUGACCAAGUUCUUCGUUUCCCUGCCAGGGCUGCGACCAGAGACUCAACACAUGCAUCCUCUGUUAUCGCCAUGGACACUAUUUGUCACAGUGCAGAUGAUGAUUCAAUGGAAAGCGUUGAAAAUCAUCCUGGAGAUGUUGAUGAUAUAAACUUUCCUUCUGUAGCAAUGGCUAAGAAUGCCGAUUUGAUUGACACUUCAGACCUUAAUUAUAGUAAUCAGGCUCAACAAAGUGUCUGUUUUCAACCAGCUUCUGGCCAGGCUGGUGGAGAAAUGGGUGUAAGUAGCACAAAUGAUGAAGAGGAAGUACUGAACACAGAUACUGUUACUGCCCCAGCUAGGGAUGGACCUAGUAUGGGAAUUAGUGGUGGGAGUGUUGGAAUGGGUGCUAGUCAUGAAGCUGAGAUUCAUGGGACUGAUAUGUUUGCUAAUAGAUCUGACAGUGGUAUUGGUGAUGUGGAGCCUAUAGCUGAAGUUGUUGAAAAUCAAGGACAAACUGGUGAGUUUGCCCCUGAACAUGGAUUUGGAGAUGAUUUUGUUGAGGGGAUGGAUAGAGAAGAUCCUCAUGGAGAUAGUCAAGAUGUUGUAUCACGUUCAAUGGGAAGGGCAGAUAGUGGCUCAAAAGUUGUUGGUUCGACAAAAGCGGAGUCUGUAGAAAGUGGCGAGAAAAACAGUGAGAUGCAAGUUUUAGCUCAAGAAGCCAGCACUCAUCCUUCCUUAUCUUGCAAUGCCAUUGUGUAUUCAGGCAUUGAAGCAUCCAAGGAAGAAGUCUCUCAAGGAGGCAAGCAGUCACCUGCUGAUGAGGGUGCAUACCCCGAGUCAGACUAUAUAAUGGCAAAUGGGACGGGGCCUCCAAAUGGCGAUAGUAAUUUUGAUGGCGCUGAAUUUGAUCCAAUCAAGCACCACAAUAGCUUCUGUCCUUGGGUAAAUGGUAAUGUUGCAGCAGCUGGCUGCAGCACUGGUGCCGGUUCCUCAGCUGCUGCCGUAGCUCUCUGUGGUUGGCAGCUUACCCUUGAUGCUCUAGACAAUUUUCAAUCCUUUGGGCAUGUUCCAGCUCAGGCUGUGGAAUCUGAGUCAGCAGCUUCACUUUACAAGGAUGAUCACCUAACCUCUAGUCGUAAACUUUUGGCUCACCAUUCCUUCAGCAAAAGCCGGGGACAAAGCUGAAGUUGAAUUUCAAAUGAUAUUUGCAGUGCUGCAAUGGUGUCCUGUGCCUGACUUGGAUAUUGGUGAAGCGAGAAGGAUGACUCGCUGGUUGCAGAAGACAGCCCCCCGCCCCCCAUGUAAUAUCCCCAUAUUGGAGAGUUUUCUGGUUGUCGUUUUCUUUGCAGAGAUUGGUAAUAAAUAGGCACUCCUCAAGAAUCCAGGAGGCAUUCAGCCUAAUCUUGUUUAAUUGAUUGAUAAUUUAUAUGUACAACUGCUUAUAUUGUAGAGAUUUGGUCGUCUAAAUGACUUGAAUUCCAAAAGCCAA